AUGCAUCUCAUCCUUUUACGCCACUGUACUAGGAUAGAUAAGACGGAAUCGGCGCUCAAGAUUCCUUCUGAGAAGAUCGAUACGUCUGAGUGGAUAAGUUCUUUCGAUGCUCCUGUGUGUUUGGAUAUGGCAACUGAGGAGAUAUCGAUAGCCAGCAAGAGCAUCAAUGAAUACGUACACUCCCCAAACCUGAUAAUACAUAGCUCUCCUUACAACAGGUGUAUUCAAACUGCGGAGCUACUGAUGGACAAAUUGGAAGGGACUAAGUGCAAGUUGAGGGUAGACCAGGGACUGAGUGAGUGGCUGAACGUAAACUUCAAAUUGAAUUACUUGCCCCCAAAUGACAAUGGAGUCUCCUUGAUAAGCAAUCUCAAUAACUACAUAUACGGCAACCCGUUGAAAGGGACCCUUCUAAGGGAUACUAAAGACCCCAGCUGGCUUCAUAACAAACUUGGAACGUGUGGUGAAUAUGGUGAAUCGUUGAAAGAGUUCAAGACAAGAUGUUUCCACUAUUUGAGAAGUCUGAACAAACAUUACACUCAACAUGAGGUCCCUGAAAAUACCACCAUCGUGGUGAUCUCUCACGGUGCCGUGAUUUUUACCCUCUUACAGACACUGAUAGAUAGGCCCAUAUUCAACGAGAUCCCCCUUUGCGUACCAAUAUUCUUCAAAAAACUAGAUCUAUACAACUAUAUGCUCAAGGACUACGAUGAAACGCUAGCUUCAAUUCUGUCCAUUGCUCAUCCCAACGACCUCAAUAUUUUGUUAGACACAGAAAUAGACACAAGAAGACUCAAGCUGGACUACAAUGAAUAUGUUCAAUCAAAUUUCACAUCUCCACAACUGGAAAGCAGGACUUCUAGGGAGACUAAUAAUCGUCGAAGGGGAGGUAGCUUGGAUAUUGAUAAACUAAAAUCUUUUCUUGGUGACGAUGAUGACUCAUCAGAAUCUGAGGAAUCAGAAUCCGAAAAUUCUGAUGAUUCUAGUUGUGUCUCAUAUUUUGUUGCCUCCAAAGAAUCUUCGAAACCGGUGGCAUUUUCAGAGAAUUCUCCCGAACCUUCUUCCCAUGACCCAAUACCUCCAACUGCUCCAAAAGUGAAACUCGAGUCAAGGCUAUUUUCUCCUCUGGUAGAGAUUGAAAGACGUCAGAAUAACACAGGGGACUUGGAUCACACCCAUAACCAUAGAGAUCGUAGUAGAACAGUGACUUUACCAAUAACGAGCUCUAUUACGAAUCUUUAUAGCUCAAAGUUGCCAAAAGAGGAUAUUUCAUCUCUUGGCAACACUGAUGAAAGCCAAGCUAGUGAUUACGAAUCCGACGGUGAUGAUGAUGAUCUUGUGUUACAUUUUGGUAACCCGCCCCCAGAUAGUCAAGACGAAUUUGUUGACGAAUUUCACGAGAAGGAGAAGGGAUAUGGUAAGGGUGUAUAUACUAUUCUUUCCAACUCCCAUCUCAAUGCGCUGCCGGGCUCCAGUUCUAGGACAGCAAAUGAUAGUCAGGUGAAACCUCCUAUGCCUAGUCUAAGCGAUUAUUUGAAUGCUACAAUAGCUUCGUCUAAUUCGAGCUUCUAUAAGAGUGAUGAUGAUGUUAAUUGGUUUGGCUCCAAUACCCUUCAGGAAGUGUGA